AUGGCCUUCUUCUCCUCAUCAUCAUCUUCAUUCCCGGUCGUUUUUGCACGUAUGGAAGAAGCCAGCUCCUCAACGGGGAGCACUGGCGGAGCAAUGGCUGGAAUUCCGGUUAUACCAUCGACAUCGGCCGCGCUUUUAGCGAACACAAAUUUGGAACCGGAACGGAUCGCGGUGCUGCAGACACAGCUUCAGGAGUAUCGGCAGAAGCAAAUGGACCUCAUAGGUCACUUUCAACGCGCUCAGCAGGAGCUGAGCGUUCAACACAUGCACAAUCUCUACACGGCACUACAACAACAACAGCAGCUGCAGAGUUUGCAAGAGAGAAGCGGAAUCAAUCCAAUGUUAAUCAGUCAGACGUCGGAGGAUGCAACCUCUGGACCAGCGGCACCUCUCUCACUUGCAAAUUCUCUCACCAACCUACUCUCUUCCUCAAAUGGCAAUCUCUCUAAUCUAUCCGUACCACAGACACCAACAAAAGAGCACCAUCCGACACUGCCGCCACAGCAGCCGUCGGCGCCAACUUCAAGCCGAAAAUCUGACCUCCCACGGACAAACUCCACAACGAUAUCGCAGCUCACUAAAGACCGCUUGAAAAACAUGAUUGCCAACAGGAGCAAGGGAGAGAGCAAUAGUCAAAGCAAUCUGAUGUCUAAUGUAAAUGGACAUGACAACUCAAGGAGGCUCAAAAACUCCAACUCACAGAUGAACGUGUCUUCACCACACUUUGAGCCAUACCGGUUGCCAACAAGUCUGGCAAACGCUCACAACUUACAACAGGCCAGCGAGUUCCAGCUCAGGAAGGUGAAUUCGGAACCAAACUUGAAGAUGAAAAUCAGAGCGAAACUAUUGUCUAAAGGAAAUAGCCCAGUUCAGCAUGUACAGCAGACGAACAACUCGCAGUUUAGUUUCACACAUCCACAAUUGAAAAGAAGUGAUAGCGAGACGUCUAAUAUGCCUAUCGACAUGCUGCCGUCUGGCUCACAUAGCAAUAUUCCACAUCUUAUGCUUCCAUCACCAUCGCUACCCAACCUCGCUGCCGCUACAGGAGCGUUCCAGAAUUUGAACUUGCCGAUUGGACAAGAUCUCACUGCUUUCAUGGCCGUCGCCAACCUCAGCCCAUUCCUCAGUCUUCCAAGUUUACUGAAUAAAAAGCUGGAACUGGGUGGGAUGACGGAUGAAGGAGACCGGAACGGGUUUUCAAGCUCCGCCUCCAACUCAUCUCUCGCUUCUAAUGCAAGCCUAGGAUCUCACCAGUAUCAGUCUCUUCUGAAACAACAAAUCCGUGAUCUGGUCCUUAGGCGGAAAAGUCUCGUGCGUGAAGACCCAGAAGGAGAAGGCAUGGCAGAAUCUUACAACGGUCUCUUCUCUCAUGCUAAACUUCAACAACUCACAGCGCUUGCCAUGGAGUCCGGUUUCAAUCCAAAGCUAGAACCAACUUUUUCAACUGGUCUUGGAUACGAUCCACUAAUGGCUCGACACGAGUGUGUCUGCAGCAACAAUAGCAAUCACGUGGAGAAUGGAGAGAGGAUUCAACGAAUCUGGUCGAAGCUUACUGAAGAAGGACAUGUUGCCAAAUGCGAGAGAAUCACGGCGAAAAAAGCUUCUUUGGAGCAACUUCAGAUGGUUCACUCUCAAACCUACACGACUUUCUUCGCAGUUUCUCCUACCGCUUGCCUGAAAAUUGAUGCCAACGCGUUGCCGUUGAAACGAUUCCUUCAGCUUCCAUGUGGAGGCAUCGGCAUUGACUCGGACACCUAUUUUAAUGACGCCAGCACUCAGAUUGCUGCUCGUUUAGCCGCUGGAACAUUGAUUGAACUGUCUUCACAGGUUGCCGAGGGACGUUUAAAGAACGGAUUCGCUUGCAUCCGACCGCCAGGUCACCAUGCUGAAGCUGAACAAGCACUAGGAUUCUGUUUCUUUAACAACGUGGCUGUCACUGCUAAGGUUCUUCAAGCCAAGUAUCCGGUUCAAUGCGCCAAGAUCGCUAUCAUUGAUUGGGACGUCCACCACGGAAAUGGAACGCAGUUGAGUUUUGACGACGACCCGAAUGUGCUCUACAUGUCUCUUCACCGUCACGAUAAUGGAAACUUCUUCCCUGGCACCGGAUCUGUCACUGAAAUUGGAAAGGGGGCUGGAAAAGGUUUUUCAGUGAACAUCCCCUUCUCCGGAGGCGUCAUGAAGGAUGCCGAGUACCUUGCCGCAUGGAGAACUGUCGUGGAACCAGUGCUGGCUAGCUUCUGUCCAGACUUCAUCUUAGUCUCCGCUGGCUUCGACGCUUGUCAUGGACAUGUGAACGCUCUCGGAGGUUAUGAAAUCACUCCAGAGAUGUUUGGAUACAUGACCAAGUGUCUUUUGAGCUAUGCCAAUGGAAAGGUGGUCCUGGCACUCGAAGGAGGAUACAAUUUAGAUAGCAUUUCUGCUGCUGCUGAGCAGUGUGUGCAGGCUCUAAUCGGCGAAUCUGACGAUGCUGGUCGCUUGUGCACGGAUUCGUUGGAGAACUUGCCGAAUCAAAGCGCACUGGAGACACUACAAAAGGUUAUUGCUAUUCAUAAAGGCUUCUGGCCUGCAUUGCACGGACAAGAAGCUGCAAUUAACACAACGGAAAUGCAAUGGAGAAAUGUGAAACUGCAAGUGCAAAUGCAGCAGCAGCAACAACUUCAACAGCAGCUCCAACAAUAA